AGCCCUCAUGCUGAGUUGCAUCACAGCUCUGCUCCCAGACGCACUCGCAAAUAAGACCAGAGUAACAUUUUCUCCGUACUGAAAUAUAAAGAAGCGAAGGAGUAACAUUUGUAAAUGACAAGAUGUUACAAUUCAGGAGAAGCGUUGAAGCCGAAAAACAUCAAUUACAGGAGCUCAACAACAGACUGGGCCAGUACCUGUCAAGAACAAUGCAAUUGGAGCAUGACAACGCAAUCCUCAAAACUGAAAUAAACAAGAUAAGACAAGAGAAGACAGUGGAAUGGGACAACCAAUGUAUGGCCGAAAUGCGGGACCUGAGGAGAAUGGCGGGGCAACUAUCUUUUGAAAAGUCCCGAGCCGAGACUGAACGAGAGAAGCUUUGGCAAGAGUUUCAGAUGUUACAGUUGAUGUGUUGUGAGGAGCAGGUAGUAUGCAAAGACAUAGGUGGAGAGCUAAAAGGUUGCGAGAAGCAGCUUCAUAAAGCUCAACAGACCAAUGGGGAACUUGAAGAACGUCUGUUCCAGCUUGAGAACGAGUACAAAUUCAUUGAGGAUGCACACAGACAAGAAAUGACCAAGCUCCGGAGCCAGGUGCAUUCACGACCUAUUGUUACCCAAACCUACCAUGGUCCUCCAGUGGUCUCGAUGGAAGAGAUGCAACAUUAUGCCCUCAGCCUGUCCGAAGGAUGGACUGACACCUUAGAGGUGUAUCGAAGGAAGGUCGAAGAUAUGGAGGAAUCGAUCAACGCGGACCAGACGAGGCUGGAUGAUCUCCAAAGGGAAAAGAUGCAGUAUGCCUCAGAGUUUGACAAAUUACGUAAAGAGGCUGAAAAGCAAGGUCAGAUUCAAAUACACCUGGAGGAACAGCUCAUAUACAUGCAGGAGAACUUCCACGGGGACAUCACCCAGUAUCAGGUGAUUAUUGAUCAGUUGGAGUGGGAGCGGGAAAUGUUGGCCAACACCAUGGCAGAAAAGGUCAGAGACCAUCAGCAGCUACUGCAGGUCAAGAUGGAUCUGGGCAUGGAGGUGGCUUACUACAGGGCGCUUAUUGAAGGAGAUCAUCAGCAGCAUCUGCAGUCAAGAGGAAGAGUCAUAGAUAUUAAGAUGAUGCCUCCACAACAGUACAAACCAAGAGUUUUCACAUCAACCAGACAGGAUGUAAGGAAACAUCUGGAUGUGAAAUACAUGGAGCCAACCUCAAGCUUGAGAAGAUCACCUGUUCCAUCUCAGUAUGGUCACACCAGUCCUUCCAGGGUCAUACCUAUCUCAGUCAAAGGAAGCAGCUACAACAGGAAUCAGAGUCCUACCACCAGAAGGGACAUGGUCUCAUUCACUAAAUCCCAGUCUGCAUCCUCAAGCUCUUCCUCCACUACAGUUAAACCUGUGGCCCAGAGUACGGUCAGGAAAAAUAUAGAUGCUCAGAAGAAAGUUGUGGAGGAGAGGAGUGUGAGAAUCAAAGAGGUGUCACAACACUCAGCUAAGGAUUCUCUUGACCAUUCUCGAGGCACAGCAAACACAUCCAGUCCCAUUGCCUCACCCACUGCUGACCCCAAUUCAGUAAGAAUAGUGUCACCACCAAUGAUGAGUCUUAGCAGAAACACAGAGGAGGACAGCAAAAAGAAAGCAGAGAGGCAAGUUGAAAGAGAGGUGAGAGGAGAUGCAUUUGGUCUUCAGAAUGUAAAGAUGCAUGCCAAAGAUGGCAGCAUUACAGCAACCACGACAAGUGAUAAGAUGGUCCUAGACUCUGUGUCUAUGGAGGAACUCAUUGAGAAGGUCAUGAAACCUGCUGGUUUGGAUCGAAAGGUCUGCAGCUCAUCUCCAGACUCCAAGAUCACUUACCAUGUGGAGAAAACGGAGAAGGAGGACGGGUCAACAAAGACACAGAUUAUCCUGGAGUCCAAGGUGCAGGAGGAGCUGGAUAUGUCAGAGGACUUUGCACUGGAGGAACUUCUCAGCAAGGAAGUGAAACACGUGUCACUGGAGGAUAUCAAGGGCACUGCAACAGGAAACAUGAUUCAGAAUCUGCUCAGCCUUGGGCUGCAUGGAGGAGAGGACAUGGGAAACAAGACUGUCAAUGUGGAGAUCAUUGAGGAACCAGUGGAGGGUUACAGUGACGAGGAGUACGAGUUUGAGGAGAAGUCCACACCCAAGUUCUCCCAGCCCUCUUCAAUGUUCUUUCAGAUUGAAGAACUAGAGAAUGACCCUCACGGCACCAUAUACCAUGAGAGUGGUGCUGAAGUAAUGAAAACCUCCAUGACAGUAGCAAACUAUGGCAGUAAUGGUGGAUCUGUGAAGGUCCAGGAAGACUUCAGAGAUAGUGAAUCUCCAUACUACAGCCACAACCAAGAGUCUCAAGAGUAUUUUGUCUCCACACCUGAUGGAAAUCUGUCAGAGCCUGAGGAGGGUGGUGGUAUAGCAUCAUAUGGACAUGGUGAACGACCCUCCAGUGGUGGACGAAUGGUGGACGACUUUUCAGAUGAAACGUACUACCAGGAGGGGGAAGUCUCAAAGAACAGAAUUUUUGUUGAGGAAAGCGAUAGUUACAGACCUGCAUCGGACAGCCAGUACAUGAAAGAUGACCACUCCUUUGCCCAAAAUAGUUACUCAGAGUGCAUCAUUGAAGAGGAGACCAUCCGUGUCUCCCCCACAGUGCAGGAGUCAAUGCUUGGAUACCUGAGAGAGGAAACUCUGGACCCCAAAGAGCAGCUGAGAGGAGCCCUAGAGCAGCUCCAAGGAACAGUGUCAGGGAGCCUGAAAGAAGAGUUGGCUCUCCUCACAAGACGUGGCAGUGAUAGUCCUCAGAACAUAUCUGUGGACAUAAAAAAAGUACACGAGUCCUCUAACAACGGAACCACGACUAUUGUGGCAGAGCUCAAGAGCUCAACAACUCUAGAGGACUCUGGGCAGCUGGGGGAGCAGGGGGAUGAUGUAUCUGAGGAGCAGAUCAUGGCGGCUCUAUGCUCCUCCAACCUUGGAGCAGAGGGAGGAUACACCCUGGACACAAAGGAGAUGUGCUGGGUGACUAGCAGUGAGGGACAGGGAGGCGAGUCCUCAACUGAUGUCACUGAGAAGCACAUCAAGCUGGGGCAAUCAGAGAAGUCAUUCCCCUUCCAGAUGGAUGUAAAUAAUGGCCAAGGACAGGAUCCCCCACUGAAGGUCACUCAUAAGAAAAGAGUUGCCACAGUCUAUCUUGAAUCUAAUGAAGAUGAGUUCUGAUUCAAAUUAGAUAUUUUUAUUAUAAUACUCCCCAUAUUAAGUCACACACCAGUCAAUCAGUUGCAACGAACUGUAAGGUGAUGUUAUUCGAUGUGAUUCAUAAAUUGCUAUGCCUACAGUUGUGAUAAGAGUACAAAUUAUAGCCACUGCAUAUAUAUAUAUAAAAGGUUUUAAUAGCACUUGUUACCCAUUUUCAAAUGUCUCUCUGCUUCUUUUUAAGAAUAUGUUAUAUUCAUUUCCUGCUAUAUUUUUGUACUAACCUGUACCACAGAAUAGGGCUGUCUUUUUGCCUGAGAUACUAUAACCAAAUAUGGAACAAUGCUAAUAUAUCCUCCAUUGUUAUGGUUAAUGUUGCAGUCUUAAAACAUGUUCAACAUUUACAGUAUGUAUCUAGAAAAAAAACAUUAUACC